AUGGAUCCGGUGGCUCAGGCGUGUUUCUCGGCGGCGGAUGACUGCGCUAAGGUGCUUUUUGAUGUUCUUGUUGGGCAGGAUGAGAGGCAACUGCCCGGGCGGUUGCUGCUAGGACCGGAGACGCUCCCAUUGCUGGAGGCGGAGAUGAAGAAGACUCGGGAGGAGAUGGAGGCGUGGAAGGAUGUGACGGUCAGUACGUCGUCAACAGGCGGUGCUAAGAAUGUGCCGAUUUUGUGA